GACGAAUGUGUCAUGAACACUACGAAGGCGGGACGUGCGAGACUGUCCGCAUAACAGACAUGAUAAGACUUUUGACAGAAGUUUGUAUAAUUUGCUCCGUUUUGAAUUAGAGUUUUUAACAAUCAUGGUUGUCAAUUCAGUGCAUUGGUUUCGGAAAGGCUUGAGGCUUCACGAUAAUCCUGCUCUCCAAGAGGCGUUGGAUGGUGCGGACACUGUGCGUUGCGUUUAUGUGCUGGAUCCUUGGUUUGCUGGAUCGGCGAAUGUGGGAUUUAACAGAUGGAGGUUUUUACUUGAGUCUUUGGAAAAUCUGGACACUAGUCUUCGACAACUGAAUUCAAGGCUUUUUGUGGUCCGGGGACAGCCAACAGAUGUAUUCCCACGUCUGUUCAAGGAGUGGAAUGUAACCCGUCUGACAUUUGAGUAUGACUCCGAGCCUUAUGGGAAGGAACGGGAUGCUGCCAUCAUCAAGAUGGCUCGAAACUUUGGAGUGGAGACCAGAGUGAAAAACUCACACACUCUCUACAACUUGGACAGGAUCAUUGAGCUGAACAACAACAGCCCCCCAUUGUCCUUCAAACGUUUUCAGGCCCUUGUCCAACGGCUUGAACUGCCCAAGAGACCCCUGCCAACUGUAUCUGCCAGCCAGAUGGACAGUUGUACGACGCCGGUUGCAGAUAACCACGACGAGUUUUACAGCGUUCCCUCGCUGGAGGAGCUGGGCUUUAAGACUGCUGACAAGGGCCAAGCGGUGUGGAAGGGAGGCGAGACUGAGGCUCUGCAGCGGCUGAAUGGACACACAGAGAAGGAAUGGGUGACGAACUAUGAGAGGCCUCGCAUAACUUUGUGCUCCCUGAUGGCGAAUCCCUCAGGCUUGAGUCCUUACCUCCGCUUUGGCUGUCUGUCCUGUCGAACGCUCUAUUACAAACUCCGAGAUCUCUACAUAAAGGCACACAGACGCAUCCAGCCUCCCCUGUCCCUCUACACCCAGCUGCUCUGGCGGGAGUUCUUCUACACCGUCGCCACGCGCAACCCUGCGUUUGACCGCAUGACGGGCAACCCCAUCUGCAUCCAGAUUCCCUGGGACAAGAACCCAGAGGCGUUGGCCAAGUGGGCCGAGGGACGGACAGGAUUCCCGUGGAUUGACGCCGUCAUGACCCAGCUGCGGCAGGAGGGCUGGAUCCACCACCUGGCCCGGCAUGCCGUGGCCUGCUUUCUGACUAGGGGUGACCUCUGGAUCAGCUGGGAGAGUGGCAUGAAGGUGUUUGAGGAGAUGCUGCUGGACGCCGACUGGAGCGUGAACGCGGGCAGCUGGAUGUGGCUCUCCUGCAGCUCCUUCUUCCAGCAGUUCUUCCACUGCUACUGCCCCGUGGGCUUCGCCAGGAGAAUAGACCCGUCCGGAGACUACAUCAGGAAAUACAUCCCCAAACUAAAGGACUAUCCCAACCGCUAUAUCCACGAGCCGUGGAACGCCCCUGAGAGCCUGCAGAAGGCCUGCAACUGUGUGGUAGGGGUGGACUACCCCAGACCCAUGGUCAGACACGCCGAGACCAGUCGCCUCAACAUUGAGAGGAUGAAGCAGGUCUACCAGCAGUUCUCUCAGUACAAGGGCCUGAGUUUGCUAGCGAUGGUCCCUGCUAUACCAGAGGAGGCGGAGUCAUCCGUGCUUACAGGAUCUACAAGACACACCGGCUCCAAUGCUGGCUCAAGCGGUUCAGCUUCAUCUGGCAGGAAGAGGGAACGCCCCUUUGACUUGCAGAGUUCCCAGGGGUGCGUCGAGCCCAAGCUUCAAUGCAGCAGUCUGGACAAAGAACCCCACAGAACCGUGACACACUAACAGUUGCUUUGGAGGAGCUGUAGACGCUGGCCUCAGCCACCCUGCUCAUCACUGGAGUGGUGGAGUGUCACGCACUCCUGCUUCCCAGAAUGAAGAGAGAUCCAUUUGUUAAGAUGCACCUUACCUGUCAAAAAGCAGCCUUCCAUAACUUCUUUUAAAUUUUAAUGUGUGGUAUCUGCACCAUUGUAUUUACUCUGCAAUCCAAUGGGUUGCUGCUGGUCAUUCAAAUUAACUCACUUUGUUGUGUUAGCCAUUGCUCAGAGCAAUGGCUGUAGAAACAUAUGUAUUAACAUAUGUAUCAACAUAUGUAUUCUAUAGUCUUCUCGGCUUAAGAGUGUUGUGAUAAUCUUGUAAAUGUUGUUUUCUGAAUCAGUUAGAAAACUUUUUUUUAAGUACUCAUUCUUUAUUAUAUGUUAUAACUAUAGAAUAACGACAGAGGGCCCUAGACAGUAUGUUGCACAGACGCAUAUUCCAUGCAUUUUACAGCCACUUCAGAUGGUGUUGACCAAGUUAGCUGUGGCUUUUGCACUCUGAAUGUAUAAGGGUGGGGGCCAGGGUAUAUCUAAUGCACAUCAGCACAGAGAAGAAGGACAAAAAAUAUUUAAAUCUUAAGUAAAGGCAAAAUAACACUAAAUGCAGCACGGCACAGGUGUAGAGGCUGGCGCAAGGGCAAGCCAAACGUUACAGUGAGGGUACAUAUACAUGUUAGUGUGAAGCUUUGCAUGUCAGAUUACUUUCAGUGUGUGCUAAGAAUGAUCGAGAAGCAAACUAAGCUUCAGAUGACCUUUCCCAACCUUUCCAUCAUGUUUUUAGCUCCAGACCCGUGCCUUACAACAGACUUUGCACACACAUGGAGAAGGGCCAUAAAACAAGCUAGCGUGCGUGAGAGAGAGAGAGAGAGUGUGUUUAUUUUCUGUUUUUUUUGUGGACUGUCUGUUGUGUACUUAAUUGUGUUCAUGUGUAUCACCUAGCUCAUAGUGAGUAUUCUGCAGGGGGAUUUCUUUAGAUGGUGUUGCAUGCUGACAUUUAAAAACACGUUGUAAUGCAGUUUACUUUGUUUGACUAUGAUGUUCCCUAUAUUUUUAAGUAAUACAAGUACAAGAAAUGAAUCCAUCUAUUAUUUUCCAAACGGCUUUCGUGAGGAGAUCAUAUUUUGUUUAGUAGUGUCAUAUUUUAAAGGCUCUCUGCUGGAUAUUAUAUGCAUGAACAUAUUUAAUCAUACAAUGUAAAACCACUGGUCUGUACCCCCUACAUUUGAGAACAUUAUAGCCUUCUAAAUUAUACAUUUGUAACCUGCCUGAACAAUGAGAAACUCAGAUAAAAAUUGCAACAGAUGAGCGCUCGUAAUUCUAUUUGAGCAUAAUGUGCUUGGUAUGUGCCCAGUCACACUCCACAUUUCCACUAUAUGCUUUGAGGCCAAAGGGAAGGUCCCACUUAAUUUGUGAAGUGUGUGUGUGUGCAUUAUUGUGUGUGCUCAGGUGUAGUGUUUGCGCAUUGUUUGACCCCAAGCUAAUGUCCAUUUAGGUCAAUGCAUGUGUAAGUAAUACAGAUAUCAGGAGGGAUGGAGAUGUGUGAUGAUGUUAAGACAGAGACAGGUUAGCAUGCAUGUUAAAGUAAUGCUUAAAAGCAUUCUGGGUAGGCUCAAUUAUUCAUGGCACAACCUUACAUGUGUUUGUGUGUUCAAAUUAAAGUUGCACGCUUUUAGUGCGGCAAUUAGUGAAUAAGUCCAUGUGUACACACUAAACACUAGACAUGAAAUAGUUAGCUCUCCAAAUCCUGAAUCCAAAGAUAUUGAUGAAUGGAAUUGGUUUGAUGCAUCCUGUUCACAUGGAUUUCAUCGAAUGUUGGAGCAGAUAUGUGUGUGGUUUUCACAAGUUCAUCUCCAUGUGUAGAUUGGCUGUAUGAUAGAGGUUUUCACCUUCUUAUGAAGGAUAAAGGUUUCAGUUGAUCCUGCUUAAUGUAUGAUUUGUCUUAUUGAAAGCACCCCCCCACACACACACACACCAACGUAAAACUGCUUUUUGCACAGCAAAUCACACUAAGCCACAGUGGAACAGUAGCCCUUCCCAGAGACAUUUCUGAGGCCUCUUGUCUGGUUGGCAUUGUGUCUGGUUUCAGCUUUAGUUUUCAGUUGAAUGGCAGCUUUUGACUACUGACUGUGAAGUAACAUCAGCACAUCAUUGUUUCAUUCAGUGUGUGUGUGUAUGUUGUGAUUGUUUUAAGCUAAAAUAUAUGUGAGGGAGAGCUUUUUAUUUGUACUCCUAUAGAGUAUGCUCAAUGAAAGAAGAUUCUAGAAUAUGUUUGUAAAUAGUAACUAUUUAAAGGCAAAUCAUUUUAGGUUUUUGUAUUCCAGUGUAUGUGAGACUGAGGCCUCAGGCACAGUGCACGUUGCUUUGUGUUUGGUUUCAUCUUCCCUUUGUAAGCAGUACCGUCUGAGGAGGGCCUGAUUAGGCUGCUUUCAUCUGUAGCACACAUUUGUUAUUGAAAACCCCUCUCUACAUUCUUGCAUCAGCAUGUGAUCCUAAUAUGUCUCCCUGAGAGGUGUGGGGUGGCCAUGCUCAUUAUUCGAGAUGAAGUAGCAUGAGAAUUCAGAGACUCCAUUGUUGGUCAAAGAAAAUGUUGCUAAUGCCUCUGCCUUUAGUAUCAAAUUGCAAUUGCUCCUUGUUAACCAAGUAGCAAGAAAAUAAAUAAUUUAAUAAGCAGAAAGUGAAUCGCUGCACAAAUAUGCAAGUCUUUUUAAAUACUUGUUGUUCUCCUCUAAUAACAUUGUAACCCAAGAGGUGAAACAACAAGAUGAAUUCAAAAGAAUUUGUUCUCAGAUCAGAUGUUUCUUUUGUAUGAAGUCAACCAGAUGCUUAACUGCAUUGUGUUUGGGUCAUUCAUUUUGUAAUGAUGUAUAAUAAUGUUGUUUUCCUUUCUACUUAAUUUGUUAAAAUGUUAAAUAUGUUCCUCUUUAAUAAAAUUUCCUCCAAAGCC